GCCAUUUUCAUGUCAAGCCGGCAUGUCAAGCUACGCGCUGCCUAGUCUAAUUAGCAUGAAUCUUGACGAGCUCGGAACUGCUUCUUUCGUCUGCACAAUAUUGUUGGUUGGAUAUCGACCGCUGCUAUGUGUGCGGCGUAGUCGAAGGGAACGGUUGGGUUCAGCAUCCAGAACUCAACAUCAUGAUCAUCCUUUUCAGAUACCAUAUAUGCUCACCGAGCAUCUGGCCGGCCCAGACGCACCUAGUUUAGUUUUAUCUGCCUCUCGACUAAUCAUACACCUCGACGCUCUCAAUGAGGCUUCCUCACCGGUCAGUGAGCAGCAUACAGCCACUACCUAGUAUUUACACGGCGUUUCCACCAAACUACGAUAGCAACCAAUCAAGCGAUACUUCAGGUAUUGACUCAGGGACAUGCUUGAUCAGGCAGAUCGAGGAUGGUAUUGAGGUUGUUCCUAUUGAAAUGAGCCACAACCAGUCUGUGCCGAUACUGAGUCCCGACCAAGCAGAGAAAGAGUUGUUCGUGGCAUCCGAAGAAAAGAAAAACUCUUGCGAAAAACCUUUGCCUACACUACCAGGAUGCUUGUGGUAUCGCAUGUCCUUGGGGCAACGCAUUAUAGCCUUGCUUGUUCUACAGUUUCUAAUGCUCUCUACAAUUGGUCUAGGCCUCAUGGCUGUAAAGGACCGAUAUCUGCCCAGACAAGUGUCUACCGAAAGCAGUCUUGGUGAUAGCUCUCGACAAGCUAGCACCAGUGCCAUCCAGCGAGGCAUUUUUGCACUUCCCCUUGGACUUCCGCAGCAGCAAAGUUCAGUUUGUUUGGCGAGAAUGAAUGAAUCCGUAGCAUGGCAAUGCGCUGCUGAAACAACACUACAACUGAGCAUACUUCCCGCACUAAUGGGAAGCAAUAACGGUGCAAUGAUCACGAUUGGCUUGCUUUCUGGAAAUGAUAGCAUGAACCAUGGUGAGCGUAUACCAACUCUCCCACCAAUUGAACUGCUAGCACUCCAUGACGCAGGGUCCGAUGAAAGUCCAACAUAUUAUUUUCGGACCACUUACGACAAGACCGUUUUGCUCAGCGACAAAGACUUUGGUUUCGCGCAGAAAGGGCUGGCAUUGAGACAAAACACUGCUCCCUUACCGGGGGACAGUUUUUGGCAGUGUAACUUUAACGAGACACUGAUUGAAGGCUACAUCUAUACCAGCAAAUCCAGCCAAGCCGAUUACAUAACAACUAAACCAAAUACGUCAAACACAACUACACCAACUAGGAUCCCAACAAUACCAUACUCUGUCAAGCUGGUUGAAGAGCGCAUACCAAAUGGAAGAACCCCAUACUGUGAGAAAAUGGUGGUUGGGCGCGACACGACUCUGUCUCCUCAAGCAGAAAGAUUCACAUUAGCCCUCAGCAAUCCUGCUGCUGACGCUGCGGCUUCCGCAUCAAAGCUCAUGGCACGGAUAAAGUAUCAGAAACGACUGCAAGAAGAUUCAGACCACUGUCGAUGCCAAUGGUUAACUCGAUGACCAAGGAUUACUACCAACAUCAUGUGGUCUGACUGUCGGACGCUUUCUUCGUCCGACGUACAAAUAAAUGAUGCUCUGAGAUUCUAUGAUCGAAAGAUUAUUACAAAAUCAGUAUGCUUCAAUCAGGGGCAGUCCAAGGUAAGCAUGGUGGUCUGUUCAAAGAGCAUCGAUUGCUAACAAGUUUCAAUAGGAACAUUGUUGAGUCAGGGACAAGACCCACUCACUGGAACUUCGAGAGACGAUACUCCAGCGUGUAUGCUGCAUUGAGGGAAUGAGGUGUGUCGCGCCAAAUAUCGAGUACGCUUUU